AUGAAUCGAUCAUAUCGUUCUUUAUCUUCCCAUUGUCAUCGUCAAUUACACCGAUCUCAACGAAAUCAAUCAUCAUCACCACCACCACCACCACCACCCGAACCACCAUAUGCACUACAACAACAAUCUUAUCGUGCUAGUUGUCUACGAGCAGAAUUAGCAGCUGAUGAUGCUUUAAUUCAAGAAAUUCAAAUACUUAUUCAUCGUUUUCUUAUACGUCAUAGUCGCCGACUUCCUUACCAUAUGGUUAUCAAUUGUUCCGACAAUGGAGAAACCAUUCCAGACUAUAUCAUUAUGCUUAAAAUUGAUCGAUCAUCGUCAUCAUCAUUAGGACAUGAUUGA